UCUGACAUCCAGCCGUACCGGGCCAUUAAAUGCGGUACCCGCUUGGAAGUGGUCGGUUCAAGGCAGGAAAGAUAGGAUGCGAACAAACAAAGAAGCAGACAGCACAGACAAUGGGGUGAACAUUAUGUUUUUCCACAGAUAUAGAGGACCGUGAUAAGACUGGUUGGAUUCUAUUGUUAGAUGAAAUUGUCUCCAUCGCUCUAUCUGCGUGCAGCAGUCAAGCAGAAUCGCCCACCACCCGCGCGCUAUUCCUCCCUUCUUAAGGCUGGUGUGCAAGCUGCUGCGCCUGACUCUUAUUUUAUUUUUAAUAACCUGAAGCCCUUGGAGAAACAACUUGGAUAAGAGCAUUGGGAAAACAGCGGGGAGAGGCGCUCAUUCAUCAAGAAGCGGCGGAGGGACGCUGUGGUGUAUGCCGGAGAGGAGGAGGUGCGGCAGGGGAAUCUUAAAUAAUCCGCAGGGUUGAAAACUGGGGAUGGCCGCGAGUGAGCAACGUGUGAUUAGAAGAGGGAACGGCUCUUCAGUUUUUCGGAGGAUUUGGUGAUGUGGACUAAAGGCGUCAGGGUUCACAGCCAGUCGAUUGCAGUCUUGACAGAAGCAGUAUCAACAUGAGGAAGAGGAGGUACGCUGCACUGCACAUCUCGUUAGAGGAGUUGACCCAUAUCUUGUCCUGAAAGAGGAACGACAUCAUACCGAUGACCAGUUUAUCCAAAAUCCCAAAUCUUUUAAAAUUUCCAGUAGACAUAAUUGCCUUCUCAGUGCUACCAGGAGCACUUUUGACCUGCACCACAUGAAGUCCCAAAGACUUCCACCAGACAUUGCACCCCAUCUGCUAGCUCAAAUUAUUAGUUUUUGGCAAACACAUGUUUAAGGUGAUUCUGUGUGACUACCACAGCCGCCCCCGCCCAUUCUCGAGCAGCAGCCCACAGCAAUCACAACCUGCACCAUGCAGUGGAGACGGAGAUAUUGCUGUCCCGUCAAGAUGACGUGGACCGCCAAGCGCUCGCUGUUUCGGACCCAAGUGGCGGGCCUUGUCUCAAUGGCGCUGCUCUUCACCCUCUUCUCAUUUUUCAGUCGGCAGGACUGGCUGCCUGGUCGUACUGGGCCACGGGAAAAUCCGCUGGCCUACACUGUCAAGGGUUUCCGCAAUCCCAAGGGGGAAGCCAACCAGAGUAGCUCCCUUAGAAGCCUUUGGCAGGAGACAGGUAUUGUAGCACCAAAGCCUCUGCUCAAUGUCAGUUCGCAGCAAGUGGAAGGAGCAGCCGGGGAGGCAGCAGGUGGACCUGGCGGAGCAUCGGGUGUCCGACCGGCUGUAAUGGGACUUGGUGACUCCAUGAGCACUAACAACAGUUUACAGAAGGAAAUGGGCGUUGGUGGAAAGCUCAGUGCUCAGCCCUACCGUUACAUCCUGAACCAGCCUUUCAAGUGCAGCGACAGCACACCAUUUCUUGUCCUACUCAUUGCUGCUGAACCUAGCCAGGUUGAUGCUCGUAAUGCCAUCCGUCACACGUGGGGCAAUGACAGUGUAGCAACGGGCCUUGGCUUUGUACGUCUCUUCUUGCUCGGCAUGGGAAAAAGCUCUGACACCUUUCUCCAGAGCAGUAUUGAGGAGGAGAGCCAUGUUUACCAUGACAUAAUCCAGCAGGACUUUCAGGACACAUAUUACAACCUAACUAUCAAAACGUUAAUGGCCAUGAACUGGGUGGCGACAUAUUGCCCACACGCCUCUUAUGUGAUGAAGACAGACAGCGACAUGUUUGUCAAUACAGAGUAUCUCAUUCAAAAGCUGCUUAAGCCUGAGCUACCUCCCAAGCAGAGGUAUUUUACAGGCUAUCUGAUGAGAGGUUACUCACCAAACCGAAAUAAGGAGAGCAAGUGGUACAUGCCACCCGAGCUGUACCCAAGUGAGCGUUACCCAACCUUCUGCUCUGGCACAGGGUAUGUGUUCUCAGGGGACAUGGCAGAACUGAUUUACCAGGCCUCUCUUAGCAUACGCAGGCUUCACCUUGAGGAUGUUUAUGUGGGAAUAUGCCUUGCAAAGUUGCGCAUCGACCCAACUCCGCCUCCCAAUGAAUUUCUCUUCAACCAUUGGAGAGUGUCUUAUUCCAGUUGUAAGUACAGCCACCUAAUCACCUCGCAUCAGUUCCACCCAAAUGAACUUAUCAAGUACUGGAACCACUUGCAGAGCAACAAGCACAAUGCCUGUACCAACAUGGCAAAGGAAAAGAAUGGCAGGUACAGGCAUCGAAGGUUCCAUGGAGAGCGACUUCCUUGAUAUCUUGUGGUGUAAGAGGUGUGCAUUCUAACAACUGGAGGACUUUUUGGCCUCUGCACAACUCACUAUAUAGAAAAAGCACAUUGUUUUGGGUAUUAUGUACAGUUGAUGUUUCAAAGUAUUUUUUGGGUGGGGCAGGGGAGCUCAAGUACUGUAUAAUGUGCUUCAACAUGGUGCAAUGACAGACACAUUUUGAGAUACGGAGCAUGGGGCCUGAUGCUUACGCUAAAAGUGUGCUUUGACAACGUCAAACGUUAAUAGUGUAUGCCACACAUUUGAAUCUAAUAAAAAGCUUCUGAUGAAACAAAUGUGUUUACACAAAGGGAACUGUACAUGUAUUUUGUUGAAAGUUAAACUACCUAAAUAUGAAUGAAAAUAUCUUUGGCAUUGACCACUUCUUCUGACUGCCUUCUGUGUUUCUGUUCAUAUUUACUUUCCAGAUUUAUCAAAUACCACAAAUUACAUUUGUUUAUCUGCUGUAUCCUGUAUUUUAUCUAAAAAAUAAACAUGAACGCACAUAAAAACGACUGAGAUUCUUUCUGUUCAAGCUUUACACUGAGUCAGAGGCAAACAUACAGGAUUCCAGCAGGGCCGAAAACCAAAAGUGUUUUUUUCCAUGUGGCAAUUUUUUUUUGCCAUGUGGCAAAAAUGUUUUUGCCAUGUGGCAAAAUGUUUUUGCCAUGUGGUAAUUUUUUUUUGCCAUGUGGCAAAAUGUUUUUGCCAUGUGGCAAAAUGUUUUUGCCAUGUGGCAAUUUUUUUUGGCAUGUGGCAAAAUGGAUUUUGCCAUGUGGCAUUUAUUUGGGGUAUGUGGCAAAAUGCAUUUUGGUUUGUGGGGGGGUAUAUGGCAUUUUUAGGGGGUAUAUGGCUGUUUUGCAGGCCAUACAAAUCCAUGCCAUUGACGGCUAUGCACGUCCAAAUUGUAUUUUCAUUUUAAAUGGCAGAAAAACAUGUGUGGCUGUGUUUUUUGACCCUACAAUUUACAUUAGAGCUUAUCGACAUUCAACUGGCACCCCAAGUAAGUCCAUGCCAUUGACGGCUAUGCACGUCCAAAUUGUAUUUUCAUUUUAAAUGGCAGAAAAACAUGUGUGGCUGUGUUUUUUGACCCUACACUUUACAUUAGAGCUUAUCGACAUUCAACUGGCACCCCAAGUAAGUCCAUGCCAUUGACGGCUAUGCACGUCCAAAUUGUAUUUUCAUUUUAAAUGGCAGAAAAACGUGUGGCUGUGUUUUUUGACCCUACACUUGACAUUACAGCUUAUCGACAUUCAACUGACACCCAAGUAAGGUUCUGCCAUUGACGGCUAUGCACGUCCAGAUUUCGGUGUCAGCUGUCUUUCUGCACUGAUGAAUCUUGGGUAUGCGGUCACCACGCUCGCGGUUUGACCAGAGGCGUAGCAAGGGUCCCCGGGGGCCCCAGGCAACAAGCAACAUGGGGCCCUUUUGAGUCACGUGACACAAAUACAUACUCGCGCAGUAUAAUGAACACAAAGGU